AUGCUCCCAAGUUCAUCCUCUCAUGACAGCUCAACAAACGAAGAGAUCUCAAAUGAACUGCAACGAACGAUUCAAUUCAUCCAUCACUCCAGCAAGUCCAAAGAUGCGGUUAGGAUUUGUCCUUUUUGUUUGCAACAAAUUUCAUUCAAUCAUUUGAAGAGAACGAGAAGUGAUUACGAGUCGAGUGCAUCAUCAUCCGAUGAAACAAAUAAUAAUACAGAACUAUUGAAAACCAAUCAUGAUGAAUUGUCGGAACAUGUUUCUAUGUGUUUAAAUUUGUGGCAUACUGAGAGAAGGAAAUUACGGGAAGAAAAUCAAAGGCAACCAUCUGCAGUUUCGGGUUCGAAAGAUUUGAAAGCAUCCGAAGAGUCUGAAGAAGAUGAAGGCGAAGAUGAUGACGAAACUGAUGAGAGCGAUAAUCAUGAGCAUGUCUUCUGCUUGAAAUCGACAAAUCAAAAAUUUAUUCCUCGCUACAAGAGUAUUGAUGAAAUUGUUGAAGAUGAUCGAAAGAUGGCCGUUCGACUGAUGUGGGCGAAUUUUUGUGUCUGUGCGAGGAGCAAAAUAUGUCAAGAAAUGACAUGGAAUAAUAUCAGCACAGUCAUUCACAAAACGCUCGGAACUUUGCCAGCAACGAUCUUUUAUUUGUUUUUCCACGAACAACCUGGAGCUCAAUAUUACUCUUGGACUCAACGAAAGCAGUGGAAUGGUAUGACCAUCAAUGAAUUUUGUAUUCAAUUCAAAUUCAUCAAGAAACACCCAAUAUUGCAUACUCAUGACGAUUGGGCCAACUUUACAAUUACUUCAACACAAGACAACGGUGACAAGGAAAUUGGAGUGAUCCACAGAAAGAAAAUAUUUAAUUUGGAAAAUAUCACACUCACAUGCAACACUGUUACGAACGAAGUUUUUUCAACAUUUACAUUUUCUAGGAAAAUGGAAGCAUAUAACACUGGAACACUCAGUAAGCGUAUUACCUUAUAA